AUGAAAUUUUCAGAUCGUACUGAUGAGCACGUGAUGAAUUCACAAAGGGGCCCAUACCCAAUACAGUUGAUAUGGACCAUAUUAACCCUUACCGUCAUCAUCAAUGCAGCACACGUCAUCGCCAAUCAGGCAACUUUUGAUUUCGAGAAGUCUCUCUCUUCUUGUGAGAAACCUUGCUACAACGGCGUCUGUUUAAAUCGAACAUGUGUGUGUUCAAAAGGGUGGUUCGGAGCUCAAUGCGAUCACUGUAUUGGACGAAUAAAGUUAAGCGAAAAUAGCAGUCAAUUAUCCGAUGGACCUUUGAACUACAGUUCCGUUUCAAAGUGCACUUGGUUAAUCGAACCCGAAGUGAAAGAAUCAAGGCCGUUAACCAUUAAAAUAGAAAGUUUUUCAACCGAAUGUGGAUGGGACUAUUUGUACAUUUACGAUGGUGAUGGCGUCUACGGAAAACAAUUAGCUGCAUUAUGCGGAGAUCAAGCUCCACAAGAGUUCACUGCACCAUCGGGUAAAGCGUUAGUUUACUUCUUCAGUGAUUUGGCAAUGAAUCUCAACGGGUUCACUAUUUCGUACGAGUAUGAUAGAUGUGCAUAUAACUGUUCAAAUCGCGGUACGUGUUCAAAUGGAGUUUGCAAUUGCACGCCUGGUUUCGCUGGAGAAUAUUGCCAAAAUGAAGUUUGUUCGCUAGAUGUGGAUUUUGCAAGUGGACCCUGCAACCAAGGGCAAUGUGAGAAUGGAAGAUGCAUAUGCUCAAACCAAAAAGUCCACGGGGAAUAUUGUCAAGCUGGAUUGUCUACUUCAGUUUGGGAUCGAAUUCAUCCAAAGAAUGAUGCCCCAGACGGAAAAGCUUCUCAUGCUUCAAUUGUAAUUGAUGAUUGCAUUUGGAACAUUGGUGGAGAAUAUUUUGACGGAGCUGUUGAUCCAAACGCUAUCGACGUAUUCAAUACUACAAGCAGGGAAUGGUCCAAAAUCAAUGUGAAUGGAGAAAUGCCAACUGCUCGCUACGACCAUACAGUUGUCAAAUAUAAGAACAAGUUGUACAUGUUUGGAGGAGUGUUUAGAGGAAGAGACGACAGCAAAACUCUUCAAAACAUCACCAACGAAUUGUGGUCGUUUGAUUUGACAAUGCAUACGUGGAAGCAGAUUGAAAUCACGAAUGAGACAAUCAUCGCUCCCCCAUUCGCUGUUGCUGGACACUCUGCCCAUGUCUCGGGAUCUGAAAUGUUUGUAAUAUUUGGCUAUAAUCCAUUCUUUGGAUUUAUGUAUCAAGUUCAAAUUUAUAACUUUGAAACUGGCACGUGGUCAUUGUCCAAUACUACGGAUCACGUUCAUGGUCGAUUCAAACAUUCCGCAAUUGAAUAUGAAACAUCAACAGGAUCAAUUGCAAUUUUGGUCUAUGGUGGUACCAUGUUCAAUAACACAAUUGCUGAUUCCUUAAUGCAAUUCGACACAUCUUCGAGAAAAUGGACUAAUCUGCCUCAAUCUGGGGUUCAAUUGUUUCUCCAUACCGCUGUUCAUCUCAAUGGCUUAAUGAUAGUAGCUGGCGGAAACGGAUAUAAUAGUUCGACGUACGGAAAACAUCAAUGCUUCACAAAUGUGGUCCUUUCGUAUGACAUUGCGUGUAAGCAAUGGACAAAUAUGACAAACAUGCCAGAAGAAAUGAAGCGAUAUGGACAUACUGCGCAAGUAGUGAAAGGAAAAAUCUACAUUUACGGUGGUUUCAAUGGCAAAAUGUUGAACGAUAUUUGGACAUUCACUCCAGCACGCUGCGAUUCGACGAUUAGACCGGAUGAGUGUCGCAUGAUCACUGAUGGUGUGAAAUGCGUUUUCACUGAGAAAAAUUGCGUCCCAUACGAUCCAAAUGUUUCAUACAAACCGAAUUUUGUCUCGUUCGUCAAAGAGAACAGCCCAAAGCAAAUAGACGAAUGUACUAACACACCAUACCGGCAAGCGUUGCAAGUGUGUGAACAACAAAAAGACUGUGUAUCAUGCGCGUCAAAAUCUGGAUGUGGCUGGUGUUCAUCAGGUGAACAGUGCCUUCCAAACGACCAAGAAUGCGUUGAUGGACCAGGAAUGCUCACUUCUUGGGAAAAAUGUCCGCAAAAUAAUCAACUGGCUCUUUCUCCUCGUCCUUGUCAUAUGGAGAAAAGUUGCGGUAGUUGCCGCCUAUCUUCGCUAUGUUCUUGGUAUACUGCUGAUCGAAGUACUCCUUGUGUGAGCAAGGAGGAAUUGCUUGCAGCUGUUUACGAUUAUGAAGGAAGAGCGGCAAUGUUCGAUAGAACACGCAUAACGCCGCAUUUCAUCACAAAUCUCAGCCGACACUUUUCUCGAAAUGCAACCGAAUGUCCUCUACCGUGUUCGCAGCGUUCAAAUUGUACUGACUGCAUCGCAUUAGAUCAAUGCAUGUGGUGUCCGAGUACAAACCGAUGCAUUAAUUUGGAAGCCUACACGCUGUCAUUUGCUUAUGGACAAUGUCGUUCUUGGGUGACUAAUGCGUCGGGAAACAACUUUGAUCGAUUAUGUCAAGCAGAAUCGGGUGUUUGUUCGCAGCACAAGACGUGCGCUGAAUGUCAGCGUUCACCAGAAUGCGGAUGGCUAGCUGAUGAUUCAAAAACUGGUUUGGGAAAAUGCGUUGAAGGAACAUCGCAGGGACCAUUGCAUGAAACGGGAUCAAACCAGAAAUGGCAUUUUAUUGAAUGCCCUGCUUGUCAGUGCAACGGUCAUUCAACAUGCGUCACUUCUGUCGGCUCAUUCCCACCAGUGACUGUUGAGAAAUGUCAAGAAUGUAAACACAAUACAACGGGACAACAUUGUGAAAAAUGCGCACCUGGAUAUUUUGGGGAUUCGCGAAAUGGCGGUAUCUGCUCACCUUGCGAAUGCAAUGGCCAAUCUGAUAUGUGCGAUCCCGCCACUGGUUACUGUUAUUGUCGAACAAAAGGAGUUACCGGUCAUCAUUGCGAAAGAUGUGAAUCAAAAUACAGCGGAACACCAAAAAAUGGAACACCAUGCUAUUAUGAGCUUGCCGUUGAUUUCAUAUUCACAUUCAAACUGAGGGCUGAUGACAAGGACAAUCACACCAAUGAGAUUUACUUGUACAGCAUUCCAUAUAAGAAGGAUACGGACGUGACAUUCCAAAUCAGUUGUGAAUCACCGAAUGGAAAUGCUCUUGUCGCUUUGAACAUGACUUCAUCUUUCAUUGAUGGCCUUCCAGAGCGAACACAGAUGAUGAUGUUCAACACGACUUGCGAUUCAAAAGGAUUCCGCAGAGUUUAUGUAGCAUCUGACAAAGGUUAUCCUUUCGGACCCGAUGCAAAUACAACAUUCUUUGUUCGAGUUUACAACUUCAAUACUCCAGUACAAAUAAUCGUCAGUUUUGCGCAGUCACCGCCAAUCAAUUGGGUGCUAUUUUUUGUCAUAUUUGCGGCGUGUUUCAUCGUAUUAUUAGUGGUUGCGGGAAUUCUUUGGAUGAUCAAAGUGCGAAUCGAAGCAUAUCGAAGGAAUCAGCGAAGAAUCGAUGAGUUUGAACACAUGGCUUCACGACCAUUUGGUUCAAUUAAAAUGGAAUUACCAACUCCAAACCAGGUGGCCUCCGCAGGUGGGCCGACGCCGCUUUCGAUUGAACCGUGCAGUAAUUACCGUGCCGGUGUGUUCACGCUUGCUGUCCGACUUCCAACCGGAGGUCGCGCGACAACACCCAGUGGCACUUCCGGUCUCGCCGUUGCUUCGUCUUUGUGCCUAUUGACACCUCAACAGCUUGGUGUUUUACAAGCCCCCGAAACCGGUGAAAAUGUAAAUGGCCGCAAGCGGAACAUUCUCAACUUUUUGCGGAUUCCGAUGCGCCAACGCCAAGAUGUCACCGAAUAG